AUGGUUAUUCAAACUUUUGUAUUCCUUGAUUUCGAAGCUACGGGACUACCAGAAAAGGAACAAAAUCGUACGAAAGCAAUAGAGCUGACCCUUUUAGCAGUAUCGCGUUGUGAUAUCAUAAACGCCGAUGGCAGGAACAUGCCACCACUGAAAAAACUCUCGUUUCGGUGCAACCCUCAAAGAAAAAUUUCUUUAGAAGCUGCGACUUUGACAGGUCUAACAAACGACCUUUUAAUUAAUGAACCUAUUUUCAAAGACAAAAUUAAGUGUAUAAAUGAAUUUCUUGAUUUACCAGAACCAGUAUGUCUUGUUGCUCAUUCAGGUCACAAACUUGACUUUAAACUGUUGAGAGCUGAAUAUAAUGACGCUGGAGCUAAAUUGCCAAUGAUCAGUCUGUCUUCAUCCAACCUCAAGCCCAUAGAUUAUACACUUAUAUACUGGUACCUCAAGCCUGUCUAUGUCAAGACAAUAAUUAUGUUUAUUAGAAGGCUAUUGUUGGCAUCCAGGAACACAGUUGAGCGAAGCGAUAAG